AUGUAUUUGCCUAGAAAAGAUGAACAACGUCAAUUUCCCAAAUUAAUUGGUCAUACAAAAACAUGGAAUACAUUUAAUACAUCAAAUUUACGUGAUGGAAAACGUAAAGCUGAAACAGUUAGUGAUGAUCUUUUUCUUCGUCAAUUUAUUUAUGGUACAUGGCAUUCAUUAUUUGUAUCCGAACUUAUUAUAAAACGACGACAUAAUAUGAUUAUUCUAAGUGGACUUGUAACACGAACAAUUCAUCCCCGUCGAAUGUAUUUUCUUAUAGGUUAUACAGAAGAAAUACUUUCUGCUCUAUUAAAAACUCCUGUUAAAAUAGAAAUUCAGACUGUAGAAAAUAAAGAUGAAGUGAUUUUUACAUAUUGGUAG